CAACAAUACCUCCGAGGUUAUGUUGAGCUGCAGGACGUCAUAAUUGUUUGGAUCUUCCAAUAGUGUGUACUUUAAUGUGUCUACAUUUUAAUUAAAAAUGGGUUGUAGCUGGAGCAGCUGUUGUGGCAAAGAAGAGUCAGAAUUGGAUGUUGCAGAUGAACGUACUCGCCUACUCAAUGAUCCAGUAUCUGUUUCUACAGCAAUUCCAGUACAGAAUGAAGAUUUGCUAGUGCAGGGAUCGAAUUCCUCACCCAAGAGCACCGAUGAGCAGUCUGUGCUCAAUAAAAUACUUCAAGUGACAGCAACAAAUGUGAUAGAUGUUGCCGCUUUAGCCCCUAGCACAAUAGAACAGAAUGAAUACUUGGAAAGGAGAAGUCACUACAAUUCUAAACUAUCACCUGUAUCUUGGCAGACUGGUAUAAAAUCUCAGUGUUAUUUGGUGGAUAUACCUAUACCAGAAAAAGUUUUUAAUGCUAAUCCAAUAUCAAAUGAAAAUGCUUUGUUGAUAAAGCGAGCAGCCUCCAAAAUUAAAACAGCUCUGAGUGAGCUAAAAGUGUAUCAUAGUGAAGAUUUAAUAGUUCCUUUUGCUAUCCCGUGAAUUUCCUGCAAUGGUUUGAUAUAUUGAUUAAGUAUAACCUAACCUUACAUGUAAAUAAGCUUUGUUAAUUAUAUUUAAGGAAUAUUUAAACUUACCAUGUCAAUGUGUCAUAUUUAAUUGGGAAUAUUUUUUUAGUAUAGUGUAUAAUAUUUGUUUAUUGUGUGAUAAUUUUAUUUAAAGUAAUGGUUAUAUUGAAUUACCAUCAACUUUACUCCCAUAAUAUGUUAUGGUUGUAUCUAUAAUGGCAUUCAUUAAAGAAGUCAACAAUGCUUAAUUUGGAUAUACCAGGUAUAUUUAUAGUUAGAGCAUAUAUCUAUAUUUAUAAACUGAUCAUUUUAACUAUUGUGUUGUAUAAUAUUGAUUGUGUAUACAAGGAUGCCAAAAAACUUUUGAAUUAAUAUUCAUGAAAUUCUUAUAUUUUACGGAAGUGCUCUCAUAUAAUCUAUGCAUGUAUUGAUUGAUAUCUGUGAUGCACAUACUAAUUUAUAGGUAUAGUUUUAAAGUUAUGAACUUUUAUUUUUGUUCAUUGUUGUGUUUUGUGAUAUGAAUAUCUCAUGUUUAUUAAAUUAUUGUUUUCAUUUUUGUAUGUGAUCAUAAUUAAGUAAAAUACAUAGGUUGAAUUUA